AUGACAAGGCAAACUGAAAUCUUAUCGUAUACGAUGGACAGAAAUAGUUUAGAUCAAAACUGUUUAGGAAGCAACAGUUUUUGUUCUCCUAUAACUCCAGGGCCCUCAAUUCCGCUGGACAAUGAGAAUUCUCAAAUCCAACACCAACCGGUUCCAUCACAAAUAAUUCAAAGGACAAUAAUGAAUAUGAAGGAAGAACCAUUAUUUUAUUCAACAGACUAUUCAGAAGACAUAAAUUGCAACAGGGUAAUUCGUAUGAAACAGGAAGCAUUCUUUCAAUCUACUGUCAGAGAACAUUUUCAACGUAAAAUAAACAAACAGCAAUCAAGUGUAUCAAUUGCCCCACAUAAUUCACAAGCAAGCAACAAUAGCCCUGUUCUUAAUAUUAAACAAGAAACAAACUUUCAAACAAAUCUAAGGGAAAUAAAUAGUACAAACAAUAUUAAUUUACUUCAAAGGAAUGGAACAAUUGUAUCGACUACUCUGCACACCUAUAUCCCAAGCAAUAAUAUUAUUUCAAAUCCAGGGCAAACUGAAAUCUUAUCUUAUACGAUGGACAGAAAUAGUUUAGAUCAAAACGGUUUAGGAAGCAACAGUUUUAGUUCUCCUAUAACUCCAGGGCCCUCAAUGCCGCUGGACAAUGAGAAUCCUCAAAUACAACACCAGCCGGUUCCAUCACAAAUAAUUCAAAGCACAAUAAUGAAUAUGAAGGAAGAACCAUUAUUUUAUUCAACAGACCAUUCAGAAGACAUAAAUUGCAACAGGGUAAUUCGUAUGAAACAGGAAGCAUUCCUUCAAUCUACUGUCAGAGAACAUUUUCAACGUAAAAUAAACAAACAGCAAUCAAGUGUAUCAAUUGCCCCACAUAAUUCAAUAGCAAACAACAAUAGCCCUGUUCUUAAUAUUAAGCAAGAAACAAACUUUCCGGCAAAUCUAAGGGAAAUAAAUUGUACAAACAAUAUUAAUUUACUUCAAAGGAAUGGAACAAUUGUAUCGACUGCUCUACACACCUAUAUCCCAAGCAAUAAUAUUAUUUCAAAUCCAGGGCAAACUGAAAUCUUAUCUUAUACGAUGGACAGAAAUAGUUUAGAUCAAAACGGUAUAGGAAGCAACAGUUUUAGUUCUCCUAUAACUCCAGGGCCCUCAAUGCCGCUGGACAAUGAGAAUCCUCAAAUACAACACCAGCCGGUUCCAUCACAAAUAAUUCAAAGCACAAUAAUGAAUAUGAAGGAAGAACCAUUAUUUUAUUCAACAGACUAUUCAGAAGACAUAAAUUGCAACAGGGUAAUUCGUAUGAAACAGGAAGCAUUCUUUCAAUCUACUGUCAGAGAACAUUUUCAACGUAAAAUAAACAAACAGCAAUCAAGUGUAUCAAUUGCCCCACAUAAUUCACAAGCAAGCAACAAUAGCCCUGUUCUUAAUAUUAAACAAGAAACAAACUUUCAAACAAAUCUAAGGGAAAUAAAUAGUACAAACAAUAUUAAUUUACUUCAAAGGAAUGGAACAAUUGUAUCGACUACUCUGCACACCUAUAUCCCAAGCAAUAAUAUUAUUUCAAAUCCAGGGCAAACUGAAAUCUUAUCUUAUACGAUGGACAGAAAUAGUUUAGAUCAAAACGGUUUAGGAAGCAACAGUUUUAGUUCUCCUAUAACUCCAGGGCCCUCAAUGCCGCUGGACAAUGAGAAUCCUCAAAUACAACACCAGCCGGUUCCAUCACAAAUAAUUCAAAGCAAAAUAAUGAAUAUGAAGGAAGAACCAUUAUUUUAUUCAACAGACCAUUCAGAAGACAUAAAUUGCAACAGGGUAAUUCGUAUGAAACGGAAAGCAUUCUUUCAAUCUACUGUCAGAGAACAUUGUCGACGUAAAAUAAACAAAUAG